GCCGCCGCCCCCCCCCGCGUCAACGUGGUGCUGGGCAACCUGCUGGAGCGCUGCCUGGCGCGGGAGAGCCGCACCCGCCGCCUGCGCGACGAGGGCGACGAGCUGCGCGAGCGGCAGGAGCUAGCGGCCGCGCUGGACAAGUACAACCAGGCCCUGGAGGAGGCUCCCUGCAAAUGUUCGUUAAUAGCCCAGCGAUCAGAACUGUAUACAUCAAUGCAAAACUACCAGCAAGCUCUCCAUGAUGCAGAUGUAGUCUGCCAAAACAAACCUCUCUGGCCAAAGGGUCAUUAUGUGAAAGCAAAAGCUCUUUAUGGAUUGGGGAGGACUGAGGAAGCAUUGAAGGAGUUCCUUUAUUGUGUUGCCUUAAAUCCUGAAUGGAGCUCAAUGAAGAAAGAAGCUCAAAAGAUAAUGUGUGAGAUGUUCUUCCCAGCCUUUGAAAAUGUGCACGAUAGCCUCACAGCACCUUUUUGCAAUCGGCCAUCCAAUACAAGGUUGAAACCUGUAUUUUUAAGCAGCAUAAACGCACAAUCUACUGUUGAGGAUGGCUCUAGUGCUGGGUGUUCAAAGGAUACUGUAUUCAGGUUAAAAACACCAUCCCAGGAGUCUGACUUCCUUCGAAACACUGAUUCGUCUGCCUCACAUCCUGCCCUGGAUCUGUAUUGUGAAGACAAUAAGAAGUCCUUGGGAGCAAUUCUCUCCAGCUUACCUGGGGAUAAUUUAAAAAGAAAACUGUCCAGUGAUUUGAAGGAUUUGCAAAGUUUGGAUGUUCCUAACAAGAUUCCUAAAAAAGAUGACCCUGUUUUACCUGAAAGCUCCAUUGCCACUGCAUCAAGUGGUGUACCAGCAAUCCUUGUGGAAGCAUCUGACUUUGAAUGUUCCCUCUGUAUGAGGUUAUUCUAUGAGCCUGUUACCACUCCUUGUGGACAUACAUUCUGUCUCAAAUGCCUUGAGCGUUGCCUUGAUCAUAACCCUUAUUGUCCACUUUGCAAAGAAAAGCUAUCAGAAUUUUUGGCAAGCAGAACUUAUAAAAAGACUGUCCUUACAGAAGAACUUAUAGUUCGUUACUUGCCUGAGGAAUUGUCUGAAAGGAAGAAAAUUUAUGAAGAAGAAAUGAAGGAAUUAUCAAAUUUGAAUAAAGAUGUUCCAAUCUUUGUGUGUACUAUGGCCUUUCCUACCAUCCCGUGUCCACUUCAUGUCUUUGAGCCACGUUAUCGGCUAAUGAUAAGAAGAUGCAUGGAAACUGGUACCAAACAGUUUGGCAUGUGCUUGGCUGAUGAACUAAAAGGGUUUGCAGAUUAUGGCUGCAUGUUAGAGAUCAGGGAUGUAAAAUUUUUUCCUGAUGGGCGUUCAGUUGUUGAUACUGUUGGUGUUCGUCGGUUUAGGGUGUUGAGCCAUGGCCAGCGAGAUGGGUAUAACACCGCAAACAUUGAAUAUCUUGAAGAUAAAAAGGUGGAAGGACCAGAAUAUGAAGAACUUGUCUGUCUCCAUAAUUCAGUUUAUGAUCAAGCUGUUGCCUGGUUUACUUCUCUUAAGGAUGACAUGAAGGCACAAAUUCUCAGUCAUUUUGGGUCAAUGCCAGGGAAAGAACCAGAGCCACAGAGUAAUCCCAGUGGUCCAGCCUGGCAUUGGUGGCUCUUGGCAGUGCUGCCAUUAGAAAACAAGGCUCAGCUAGCUAUACUUGCCAUGACUACACUUAAAGAACGUCUUAUUGCCAUCAGACGUGUAUUAAUAUUUGUAACUCACAAAAGACCCAGAUGACAUGGCGUUAUGUAUGAAUGGGCACUGACAAUAUGUUGGAAGAUGUUU